GCACGUGAGGUCCCAGCUGGAAGGGCUGUCCCUGCUCCCCCUGGAGCCGCGCGCUCCUGCUGCUCCCCUCCUGCUCACCCCGCGCCUCUCCGGCCCCGCGCAGAGCCGUGUCCGGGUGGGAUGCUCUCUGCUCGUCCCUGCAGCCCUCAGGUCCUCAGACAGCGCCGUCCUCCAGCCCCGCCGCCCCACCGUGCAGCAGCAGAGCAGCUGCCUGGAAAUCCUGCUCUGCGGAGCUGGAGGUUUGGCUGCUUCAUCCUAAGGCCCGGUGAUGAUGAUGAUGAUGAUGCAGGUGCUGGGGGCCGCGUCCCACAUGGCGGGGUUUGCUGUGAGCACCCACACAGGCCAAGUGCUGUUGUAAUAAGGCUGUGUGAUCUUGCGAGAUCCAGAGCCGGAGGCGAUGUGACUUGCAAAUCGGGGUCCUGCUUUCACUCUGUCAUUUUGCUCCUAAAUUACUGGCUUUGGAGGAGAGUUCAGACCGAGAUCAGAUGGCUGCCUCUGAAGCGUUGGAAUUGCAGACCCAGGAGUCAGAUUUGCUGUGCUGAAGAGGCAGAGACAGCAGAAUGUGUGAAGGGCCAUCCAAGAUUUCUGGACCCAUUCCUCCGGACCCUGCCCUGUUCCCAAACUAUUACAGACGCCCUUUCUCAGCUCGAGGGAGGCUGGAAGGCAGCGCUCAGCAGUUGGAUUUGACCUCUCGCCCCGCGGGCUCGGCCCCCAGCUCGCCCCGUGCUCUGAGCAGUGCCCACCGGCCCCAGCCGGCCCCGCGCAUCCGCCCCAGCGGAAGGGGCUUCUUGGAGAAGGGGCAGAAGGGGACGCUCGGCCUCCUGCUGCGGCUCGAUGGGCUCUCUCUUGGUGGGGGUCUGCCGGCAAAGAGGAAGGAGUCCAAGGACCAUGAGAAGGAAAACGUCAGGCGAAUAAAGGAGAUUCAGAAGAAGUGCAAAGAGAGGGAGAGAGCCCAGGAGCGCAGCCAGCCCAAACCUGUGAAAGCUCUGUGGAAAUCCCAGAAAUACGAAAACGUGGAGUCAAAGGUGAAGGCCAGGCUGCAGGAGAGCUCCCCACCUCCAAACCCAGAGGCUCUGAACUUCCUGCGGGCGUACUCUCGCUGUGGCCCUGGGAUCAGGCCGGGCAGAGCCCCCUCCCCAAGCCCCUCCAGCAGGAAAGCAGGGGCAGACACCGAGGCUCCGCAGGCGCUGGGUGCUGAAACCAAGUUGCAGGUGGAGGGCAGUAGCAUUGACUUCAUCAAGCACAACGCCCGCAAUGCCAAGCGGGCCCCUCUGCGGCGCUCCCAUUCGCUGCAGGCACUGUCGGAGCUGCUGGGGCAGAAGCAGCGUGAGCAGGAGGAGUACAACGCCAAGCAGAAGGGCCACGUCCCCCAGUACCUGCUGGAGAGGAAGGAGCAGUGGCGCAGGCAGAUGGAGGAGCAGCUGCGAAGCCGGCCGGAUCCCGACACGCCGCCCGGCCACACCAUGAUGCCCGAGGGCCAGCGGCUGGAAAUGCUCAGCAAUCUGAAGCAGAGCCAGGAGCAGCUGAUAAAGGACCUGGUGAUGCUGCCGAUGCGUGCAGACACCCUCAGCAUUCAGAAGAGGCGGGUGGAGCUGGAGAGGAAGCUCUCCCAGAUAGAAGAGGCCCUCAAAAUUUUCUCCAGGCCCAAAGUCUUCAUCAAGCUGGACUCCUGAGCCCGUGGGGCUGCGAGCAGCACUGCUCUGCCUGAGCAUCCCAGGGAGGGGAAGGAGAGGAAGGCAGACCGAGGACCCUGCGCCCGUCAUGGUGUCAGUACUGUGUCCAACACGCAGUUGGCCCCUCUCGCUCUUGCUCCCAGGGCACAUCCAGAGAGAUGGGAGGGAGAGGAGCUGAUUGACUCCGCCGUGCAGUGUGGAGAACAGUUGUCCCCGUGCUGGUUGACUUCUCACAGAGAUCAGCUGUCUGCUUGGAAUCGACGGCACGGAUCUCAUGGCUCCUUAUUUUCCCAUUUCUGGAAACUGGCAGGAGGUCCCCCCUGCUCCUCCUCUGCAGUGGCUUGUCCUUCUCUUUCCCCCGUGGCGCUGCAGGCUUCGCUGCACACAGGGCCUUUGCCCUGGGCUCUGUGCUGACCCAUCCUAAGCACGCAGCCGGUGCCUCUGUCCCCUCCAUCCUGCUGCAUGUGCUCAGUAGCUCAAGGACAGCAAAAAGGCACGGAGCUCCAGUGGUUCCCGCUCAGAGGAGGGCUGGGGUGGAAGCGGGGGGAUCUGGGGAGGUGUCUGGAGAAGCUGUUGUUGUCCGUGGGGUGGGAUGCACUCCAAUAAAGUGUAGUUUUCCUCCA